CAAUCAUGGAGAGCCACGUGGGUAGGAAACUUCAAUAAAAGUAUGGUACACAGCAGGCUUUCCCACAGCUGACCAGAAGAGGACAGCUCUGUGUUCUUAUCCCAAGCUGCAUGGAGAGUCUGCAUGCUGCUGAAUGACCUGCACAUCUCAGCUUAUGGAAAGGAUGGGCUCUUAUGUCUUGUGGCUGGCCUUGGCCUCCUGCAUUCUGACCCUGGCAUCUACAGAACAGCAAGAUGACAGAAACUCCACCCUCAUUCGUUCCUAUGACCCCUGCCAGAAUUACACCCGCCUGGAUGAACCCUCACGGAGUAUGGAGUACACAGGACAGGGCCAGCUGUGUGACAGGGACAAGAAUGGAUGGUACCGCUUUGUGGGAGACGGAGGAGUGAGGUUGCCAGAGACCUGUGUCCCAAUGUACCGAUGCCAGACAGAUGCCCCUAUGUGGCUGAAUGGGACUCACCCCACCCUGGAGGAGGGCAUUGUCACCCGCACCGCUUGUGCCCACUGGAGCGGCAACUGCUGUCUCUGGAAGAGCAAGGUGCUGGUGAAGGCCUGCCCAGGCGAGUUCCAUGUGUACCAGCUGCAGGGCACCCCCAAGUGUAGUCUGAGGUACUGCACAGACCCCUACACUGUGAAGAACGAGUGUGAGAAUGCCUGCCGCCCGGAGGAAGAAUGCAGCUUUCUCAAUGGCACCUGGGACUGUUACUGCAGACAGGACCUCAACAGCUCUGAUGUCCACAGUUUGCAGCCUCAGCUGAACUGUGGAGCUCAGGAGAUCAGGGUGUCACUGGACAAGUGUCAGCUGGGAGGCCUGGGUUUUGGGGACAAGGUCAUUGCCUACCUGCGAGACUGGAACUGCAACAGCAUCACGCAAAGAGAGGAGAGAAACUGGAUAUCUGUGACUAGCCCUACUGAGGCUAGGGCCUGCGGAAACAUUCUGGAGAGAAAUGGAACCCAUGCCAUCUACAAAAACACCCUCUCCGUGGCCAAUGAGUUCAUCAUCAGAGACACCAUCCUCAACAUCAAUUUCCAGUGUGCCUACCCACUGGACAUGAAAGUCAGCCUCCAAACUGCCCUGCAGCCCAUUGUAAGUUCUCUGAACAUCAGUGUGGACGGGGAUGGAGAGUUCACUGUCAGGAUGGCCCUGUUCCAAGACCAGAACUACACAUCUCCUUACGAAGGGGCCGUAGCUCUUCUGACUGUUGAAUCCAUGCUCUAUGUGGGAGCCAUCUUGGAGAGAGGGGACACCUCCCGGUUUAACCUGUUGUUGAGGAACUGCUAUGCCACACCUACCAAAGACAAGACUGACCCUGUGAAAUAUUUCAUCAUCAGAAACGGCUGCCCAAAUCAAUAUGAUUCCACCAUCCGUGUGGAGGAGAAUGGGGUGUCCUCAGAAAGCCGGUUCUCAGUUCAGAUGUUCAUGUUUGCUGGAAAUUAUGACCUAGUUUUCCUGCAUUGUGAGAUUCAUCUCUGCGAUUCCCUUAAUGAACAGUGCCAGCCGUCUUGCUCAAGAAGUCAACUCCGCAGUGAAGUAGUGGCUAUCAAUCCAGCCCAGGUUCUAGAUUUGGGACCCAUCACUCGGAGAGGCACUCCAUCUCUUGGCGUCGUGAACGGAACCCCCAGCUCUGCAGGGUUCCUGGUGGCCUGGCCCAUGCUUCUCCUGCCUGUGCUCCUGGCUGGGUUGUUCUGAGAGCUCAGAUGAGCAACUGGCCUUGAAGCUCAUGUUCUUCCCUCUGGCGAUGGCUUCCAGUCACCAUCGGCUAUGCUGGUUCUCUCUCCAAAUCCACGUAGACAAUCUUGGUGUUUAUAGACUCUGGGCCAGGCUUGGUUUGGGGAAAGGGAAGAUAUUUCCCUUGCUCAAACACUCUCUGUGCCUGUAUAUCCCUCUUUUUCUCAUGGUGGGGCCCUGUUGGCCUGGCCUGGCCUGACUUCCUCAUUUAUUAGCAGGAUCUUGGAGCCAGAAUUGCUCCGUGCUUCUGUGGCUCCAGCCUUGACCAAAAAUGUAUCAUGUGUUAGUCCGUAACUCCAGGGAAGUGGGGCUGUGUCAUUGGGCGGUGCGGGGGAGAAAGGGGAUGAGCUUGUAAAAAAAGGCACCUCCCAUGGUUCCUUCCCAAGUACCCCCUGUUCUUACUGCUGAUGAAUUGAACAGACUGAUCCU